UCCAUUUUACAGAUUGAAAAUGGAUGAGAAUGAGAAUUUUGUGCCCCGUGUAAAUCAACUUGAUGCUGAAGAACUGGAUCAAGAGAUACUGAAUAUUUUCAAGGGAGGAUUGCAAAAUGCUUUCAAGUACUUUUUGAGGAAUCCAUUGGAUCUGAUAGGACCAGAGCUCGAGGCCAUCAUUAAGAUCAUUAUUUGGAAUUUCACAUUAAGAGCCAGGAACUCUAGUAUUGGGCAGGAAUUACUUGGAAUAGAGUUCAUAGUGAAGAAUAGAUUGCAAAUUGUUGGCACAGGCUUUCUGAAUAUUGUGUUGAAGUAUUUGGAAGCCAGACAAUCAAGCAUUGUUAGACUGUUUCCUGGCCGAGAAGAAAUGCUCAACAAAUCUUUUCAAACUAUCCAAAACAUACUCAAGUUUGCAGAAUUGGUGAAUUUUGUAAUAUUCCUUCAAAAUGGAAUAUAUCCUAACUUGAUACAGCGAUUACUUAAACUCAAACCAAGACCUGUUGUACAGGAAAGCAGAUCAGUGGGUUAUUCAUUUAUGACUAGGGAGUUGAUGUGGCAUUUAUUGACAGAGCUUGUGAUCUUUCUUGUCCCUUUGAUAGAUAUUUCGUCCUUUUAUUCAAAGAUCAGACCUAGUAAAGCUGACGAGAACCAUUGUGCCACAUGUUUGAAGCUUCCUAUUGUUAGGAUUAGUACUCCAUGUUCACAUGUAUUCUGCUACUACUGCCUAGUUUCAUCUUCUUCAGCAGAUGGAGAAUAUAUUCCUUGCCCUGUCUGUGGUACAAAGAUAAACAAACAAACAAUUUGCAGUACAAUACAUAGUUAACAUGUCUAGAGCUUUGUUACAGAUUGGUAGACAACUGUAAACACUAAACAAGGGUGAACAUUAGUACAAACAUUUAAUAAUUUCCCCCUCCUUUUUCGAAAAUCUUCGAAAAUGAAAAAGAAAUUGCCGUUUUAUUUUCAUUUUUUAUCCAAGAGUUUUAAUAAUUAUUCUUUCAAUUAUAUAA